UCGCGAAGAUUGUAAUAGCUGAAGGCGUUCGCUUUAAAUUUUUAUUAUUCGCAUUUUAUUUUGAAUUUUUCUUGUUUCUGUUUAUUAUUCGAUUUUAUUAAUUCAUCAAAGGUGAAUUCACAAUGAAAUUAAAUGUAUGCAAUGUGUAAGUUGUGGUUAAAUACGAAUUUAUGAAUCAUUUUCUAAAUAUUAAAAUCGGCUUUAAAAAAAUUCAUUAAAGAUUCUGUGAUGUAAUUUUAAUGAAAAUAAAAUAAAAAAAAAUAAGAUAGUGAAAAAAUUAAAGAUGCAAUAAUAAAUUAAUAAAAAAUAAGUGUAAAAGCAUUUGCAAAAUCUUAGUGUUAAAAAAAGAAAAAAAAUAGUUCAAAACCUUUUGUGUAUUUUUUGAUAAUUAAGGCAUCAUAAAAAAAUUAAAAGAAGAUUAAAAGAGAAUUUAUUUUUGAAUUUUUGAAAAAAAAAAAUAAUUAUUAAAUAAUUUUGUGAAAAUGAAAAUGAAAUUAUUGUGCCACACUUUCGUAAUUUUUAAUUUUAUUCAAAUUAUUUUUGCUGUUGAUUAUGGCCCAAACACCACCACAAGACAUCACAAACCAAAUAUAAAUCGGUCAAUAUCUGGGAACGAUGGUUAUUGUCAGAGGCUUUAUGAUCGUAUUGUUACUUUAACAAGUUUAGAUGAACAACAAAUUAGACAAUUGGAAACAGUUGAUUCAAAAUUAGUUAGAAUGGAAAGUAACACUCAAGAACGUUUGGAUGCAAUGCGUGAUGAAUUAAAAGAGAUCAAUAAAAGAACUGAGAAUCUCGAUUGGAUUGAUUCAAAAUCAAAAGCGCUGCUAGAAAAUUUAAAAGUAGAAGUAGAAUCAAUGCGUCAAAAUUUAAAUGAUGGUCAUUUACGGAUACGACAGACUAGAUCUGACACAACUGAUGAACAAACAUUUUAUGAAACAGAUCAAAAAUUAACAAAUUUAACACAAAUGUUAUCAUCAUUAGCAGCAUUUUUAUCAUCGGUUCGUCAAGGUGUAUUUAAUGUUGAAGAAGAUUUUCGUGCUUUAAAAACAAAUAUUUCAACACUAUUACAAUUUUCAAGGGAAAUACAAAAGAGACAACAUUCCCAACCAAGUAAACAAUUUCUUAAUCAUGCCAUCAAUAAUGUUCGUUCGUCAUUAUGUAAUGAAAAUCGAGGAAUUACAAAUAAAUUGCCAUCUAGUUGUAUUGAUGAUAAUAUUAAAGAAAAUCAAAUAAAUAAAAUUGAAAUCAAUCAAACACCAAUUGGAUCAUUUUAUGUUAGAUGUUUUACAAGUGAUGAAUAUGGUAGAGGAUGGACCGUGAUUUUAAAUAGAUUUGAUGGUGAUAUAAAUUUCUAUAGAAAUUGGUUAGAAUAUAAAAAUGGUUUUGGUAAUAUUGCUGGUGAAUUUUUUAUUGGAUUAGAUAAACUAUAUGCAAUAACAUCAAAUCGAUUACAUGAAUUAUUAAUAUUAUUACAAGAUUUUGAAGGUAAUGCACGUUAUGUUCGAUAUAGUUCAUUUGCAAUUGGUAGUGAAAAAGAUAUGUAUGCAUUAAAUAUAUUGGGUGAUUAUGAUGGUAAUGGUGGUAAUUCAUUACAAUAUUCAGCAUCAUAUAAAUUUUCAACAUUUGAUAAUGAUAAUGAUGGAUGGGUUGAAGGAAAUUGUGCACAAUCACAUACGGGAGCUUGGUGGUAUAAUGCUUGUGAGAAAAGUAAUUUAAUGGGACAAUAUUUGGGAACAAAAGUUGAACCACAUAAUAAUUAUCGAGGAAUGUAUUGGGAAGGUUUCAAUGGAUCAAAUUAUUCAUUAUAUGCUGCUAGAAUGAUGAUAAGACCAGUCGAAUAUUCAAAUGAUGAUUACUAAUUUCCGAAAAUAUUUUUAAUAAUUUUACAUUUUUUUCGAAUACGCAUAAUCGCAUUUUUUUUUUCGAAAUAAGAUUUUAUUCAUGUACUUAUCAUAUUAUAAUUUAUGUUGUAUAGCUUUAAUUAUUUUUACUGUAACAUAUAUGCGUAAUUUUUAUUUGUAUAUUUGUGUAAAGUAUUUGUAAUAAUAAUAUAUUAACUUAAAAUAAGCGCUCUGAAUCACCGCCAAGAAAACAAAUUAAAUUUAUAAUUUUA